AUGGCCAGAAAAACUCCUAGUCUUUCAUGGCUCCUCCUCAGUCUAGCCUUCACUCUCCUUCUUGGUCACUCAACUACUCAAAAUGACCGAAAGACUUAUAUUGUGUAUAUGGGCCAAAGGCAGAUGGACGAGAUUUCCACAGCAUCCCUUCACACAAGCAUGCUACAAGAAGUCAUUGGCAGCAAUGUUGGACCAGAGUCUCUACUUUAUAGCUACAAGCGGAGUUUCAAUGGAUUUGCAGUGGAGCUAACUGAGCAAGAAGCUCAAAAAUUGGCUGGAAUGAAUGGCGUGGUGUCGGUGUUCCCUAGUAAAAAGAAAAAGCUUCUUACAACAAGAUCAUGGGACUUCAUUGGGCUUCCACAAAAAGUUCGUAGAAGACUGGUUGAAAACGACAUCAUUAUAGGAGUGCUCGACACUGGAAUUUGGCCGGAGUCAAAAAGCUUUAGCGACAAAGGAUUUGGUCCACCACCUAGGAAAUGGAGGGGCACCUGCCAAGCCUCCAUCAAUUUCACUUGCAACAAUAAAAUUAUUGGAGCACGAUACUACCGUAGCAGUGGAGUUUUUGACGAAAAUAACGUAAAAUCUCCUAGAGAUUUAAAAGGCCAUGGGACACACACAGCAUCGACAGCAGCUGGGAAUUUCGUUAGCGGGGCAAGCCUACUGGGGUAUGGUUUGGGAACAGCACGAGGAGGAGUUCCAUCAGCACGUAUUGCUGUCUACAAAGUAUGUUGGUUCGAUGACUGUGAUGAUGCUGACAUUCUUGCUGCAUUUGACGAUGCCAUUGCUGAUGGCGUCGACAUCAUAUCUUAUUCCAUUGGUGGAGAACAAACCCUCAAGUACUUUCAAGAUGUAACUGCCAUUGGUGCCUUUCAUGCUAUGCGAACUGGAAUAUUGACAUCAAUGGCUGCUGGUAACAAGGGUCCAGGUCUAGGAACCAUCACAAACGUUGCGCCAUGGUCUCUCUCUGUGGCUGCAACCACUAUAGACCGAAAGUACUUCACUCAGGUCCAAUUGGGAAACAAGAAUAUCUAUGAGGGAAUUUCAAUUAAUACUUUUGACCUCAAGAAUAAACAGUAUCCAAUAAUUUAUGGUGGAGAUGCACCAAACACUAGAAAAGGUUUUCAGAGUUCCGAUUCCAGGUAUUGCACAAAUAAUUCACUGGACCAAGAUUUGGUGAAGGGUAAAAUUGUACUUUGUGAUAUCCGGACUACAGGGGCAGGGGCAUUUUUAGCUGGUGCUGUGGGUACUGUGAUGCAAGGCCAAGCACAACAAGAUUUGGCUACAUCUGCUCCCUUGCCUGCAUCUUACCUUCGCUUGAAAGAUGGUAGCAAAGUGUACUCAUACAUAAAUUCGACAAGGGGCGCAACUGCGACUAUUCAUAAAAGUAAGGAAGGUAAAGAUAAAUUUGCCCCUUACAUUGCGUCAUUCUCAUCAAGGGGCCCAAAUGCAAUUACACCCAAUAUUCUCCAGCCGGAUUUAGCUGCUCCUGGAGUUCACAUUCUUGCUGCAUGGCCUCCAGUUUCUCCAAUUUCAACUGUUAAAGGUGAUAAGAGAGCACUGUUAUACAAUAUAGAUUCGGGGACAUCAAUGGCUUGCCCACAUGCUACAGGGGCGGCUGCCUACAUCAAAUCAUUUCACCCCACAUGGUCACCUGCCGCUAUCAAAUCGGCCCUUAUGACUACUGCUACACCCAUGAGUGCUAAAAAGAACUAUGAGGCUGAAUUUGCAUAUGGCGCAGGCAAUAUAAAUCCUCUUAAGGCUCUAAAUCCUGGUUUAAUAUAUGAUAUUGGCGCACUUGACUACAUUAGAUUUUUGUGUGGCGAAGGAUAUAAUACCAAGUUAUUACAUCUUGUUGCUGGGGACAAUAGUAGCUGUUCUAGAGCCACUAAAGAAACUGUCUUUAAUCUAAACUAUCCUUCUUUUGCUAUAUCCUUGUCGUCCUCCAGGUCUUUUAGUCAAGUUUAUCAUCGGACUGUCACAAAUGUUGGAUCACCGACAUCUACAUAUAAAGGUAUUGUGACUAGUACUGCAACUGGACUUAGAAUCAAAGUGAACCCUAGUGUUCUAACAUUCACAUCUCUUGGACAAAAGCUGUCAUUUGCACUCACGAUUGAAGGAACGCCAAAUAAAGACAUUGUCUCUGCUUCUUUAGUGUGGGAUGAUGGAAAGUUCCAAGUAAGGAGCCCCAUUGUUGUAGCUGUUAGUACUGAUGAUUGAUGCAUGACAUUCUCUGCUAAACAUAUGUAUUACGAAAAUAAUAAUUGAACAUAAAGCUUUGAAGGAAUAUGCAUGGAAUAUUAGAAUAAAGCAAUGGCGGAAGACGGAGGACUGAAAAUGGUUGUAAUUUGAGCCUUUGCUCUAGUUCUGCAAUGCACUGCACUGUAAUUUGAACCUUUCUAAUUGAAUGCUCUAUUCUGCUUA